AUGGCCGAUGAGGCGAAGGUGUUGUAUCCUUUUGUGAUAACUCUUCAAGAGGUGUUGCGUACUUAUGUAGAGUCUUGUGCGCGUGUUGAGGAGCCUCUUUCUGCAUCUGGUUCUGCAGCAGCAGCAGAUGGAGGCGCAGAGGAAGCAGCUGUUGCUCUACUUGUUGCUUCGUAUCAACGGGAUUCUCAAGGGAAACUGGCAGAGGGUAUGAACCUCUGCUGGGAUUCCGAUCGCCUGGAAACAUAUGCUGUUGCUCUACUUGUUGCUUCGUAUCAACGGGAUUCUCAAGGGAAACUGGCAGAGGGUAUGAACCUAUGCUGGGAUUCCGAUCGCCUGGAAACAUACGUCAAACGUCUUGCAGAAAUUGUUUAUAUUUUUGAAUCUAAGGCGGAAUUCGCGUUGCAGCAGCAUGAAAAGGCUAUCAGAGAGAUCGACACAAUACAGGAGAAACCAAUCGAUGCUCCUUAUCAAGACAUCCUCGCUGUGCUUCAGAAUGUGCAGAAGAUGAUAGAAGAGCAACAUUUGCAGAAUUAUUCAAAUAUACGCGACUGGACGAAAGUAUUGGAGAACAGAGUAGAAACUAUAUUAACUCAACGCCUCAUUAAACUCGUAGAAGAGUGGACUGUACAAUUUGAAGACUGGCCAAACAAAGGAACUGCUCUCAUACAAAACGGACUCGUAUUAGAAAUUCAAGUGAGAAAUCAAGUGCUGCGAGUACACCCACCAGUAGAGGCUGCGCGUCAACUGUGGAUGGGCAGCCUGCACCGGGUGGUGGCUUCUGUGUGUUUAUUGCCUCGUUUUAAUUCACGAAACAGCUCUCGGGCUCUGAAAUUUGGUGGAGAUCCAACAGCUUGUGACUACGAGGAUUCUGAUGAGGAGAAUAUAGAACAUGAAGAUCCAAUAAAGCCGCAGACCCGGGGCACCUACAGAGCCAUUGCCUCUCGUAUCCCUGCAGAUGUGUUGAAUAGGGCUCAUGCAGCCAUCGAUAGGGUGAUGGAGAAGGUGGAGGAUUACGUGGCGAAUUGGAUGCACUAUCAAGUGUUAUGGGAUGUAGAUGUCAGUGAAGUGCUUGGAAAGCUAGGAGAUGACAUUGAGACAUGGCAGCAGUUAUUGAAUGAAAUUAAACAAGCAAGAAGUCCUUUUGAUGCUAGCGAGGCUCGUAUUAUGUUUGGCCCCACGAUCAUAGAUCAUCAUCAAGUACAGGCGAAGUUGAAUACACGAUACGAUGCGUGGCAUAGGGAUAUCCUGCAUGCCUUUGCUCAGAAAGUUUCUGCAAAUGCUAGCUCCGUCUUUACCUCUCUGCAUGCAAUGGUAGUUGACUUAGAGGAACAGGGUCAAACUGCAGAUCCAACAGAUACUACUAUGAAUGCUGCAACAUUCCUCUCUAUGUCUGAGGCCCAGAUGUCAGCUCUCAUCAGUAGCCAAGGGCUUAUAAGUGAUGAACUCAUCUCCAACAUUGUAUCAAAUCUCACUAAGUUUUACAUCCUCGCUGUCCGGGUGAUGGAGAAGGUGGAGGAUUAUGUGGCGAAUUGGAUGCACUAUCAAGUGUUAUGGGAUGUAGAUGUCAGUGAAGUGCUUGGAAAGCUAGGAGAUGACAUUGAGACAUGGCAGCAGUUAUUGAAUGAAAUUAAACAAGCAAGAAGUCCUUUUGAUGCUAGCGAGGCUCGUAUUAUGUUUGGCCCCACGAUCAUAGAUCAUCAUCAAGUACAGGCGAAGUUGAAUACACGAUACGAUGCGUGGCAUAGGGAUAUCCUGCAUGCCUUUGCUCAGAAAGUUUCUGCAAAUGCUAGCUCCGUCUUUACCUCUCUGCAUGCAAUGGUAGUUGACUUAGAGGAACAGGGUCAAACUGCAGAUCCAACAGAUACUACUAUGAAUGCUGCAACAUUCCUCUCUAUGUCUGAGGCCCAGAUGUCAGCACUUAUCAGUAGCCAAGGGCUUAUAAGUGAUGAACUCAUCUCUAACAUUGUAUCAAAUCUCACUAAGUUUCUAUUAAAGCUGCAGGAGGCAAGCAAGCUUGAGCCUAAGUGGAGCUCUACCAUCGAUACCCUCAGGGCCAGCGAGAGGUUACUGGAGAGGCAGCGAUUCACCUUUCCCAGUGAUUGGCUCUGGACAGACAGAAUUGAGGGGGAAAUGGAGCCAACAGAUACUACUAUGAAUGCUGCAACAUUCCUCUCUAUGUCUGAGGCCCAGAUGUCAGCUCUCAUAAGUAGCCAAGGGCUUAUAAGUGAUGAACUCAUCUCCAACAUUGUAUCAAAUCUCACUAAGUUUCUAUUAAAGCUGCAGGAGGCAAGCAAACUUGAGCCUAAGUGGAGCUCUACCAUCGAUACCCUCAGGGCCAGUGAGAGGUUACUGGAGAGGCAGCGAUUCACCUUUCCCAGUGAUUGGCUCUGGACAGACAGAAUUGAGGGAGAAAUGGAAGUGUUUUCUCAGCUGUUGAGACACCAGGGAAUGAUGGUAGAACAAGUCCGUGAAAAUCUUAUAACAUUAGUUACUCAGUUCGCUGCAUCUCUACAGGAGAAGUUGCAACAGCUAUAUUCCGAUUGGAUGCUGCAAAGGCCUGUGCGUGAUGAUAUUGCUCCGGGUCAUGCAAUGAAUAUUUUAAGAAAAUAUGAACAACAACUAGAAAAAAUAACAUCUGAUUAUGAAUGUGGAGAGAAAGCAAAGGCAGUCCUAGGUGUAGAAGAGUCUACAUUCGGGCCGGGAGGGGAAUCCUUCUCCCCCUCAGCACUCGCAGAAGAAAUCGCCGAUAUGAAAGGGAGUAGGAUGCACAGUGAGACUGGAUAUUCUUUACUCCUUUGCCGAAAAUCCCUCACCGAUAUGACCAUAGGAAAUCUAUGGGAUGCUGAUCUGGCUGCGAGCGAAGGGGACAUCCGCGACGUAUUGGUUCAGGCUCAGGGAGAGUCUGCAUUGGAGGAGUUUUUGAGACAGGUGAAAGACUCAUGGAGAGAAAGAGAAUUCGUGACAGUACCAUGCGGGGGCAAAUGCAAAGUAAUCAAAGGCUGGGAGGAGCUGUUUCAGAUUAUAGACGAUCAGCUCGCUUCUAUACAAUCCAUGAAGAUGUCUCCCUUCUUUAAGAUAUUUGAAGAGGAAGCACUGGCAUGGGACGAGAAGCUGAACCGGCUGCGUAUCCUUUUGGAUAGUUGGGUGGAGGUGCAGCGAAAGUGGUUAUAUCUUGAGGGGGUAUUCUCGGGUUCACAGGAUAUUCAGAUGCUGCUGCCUGCAGAGCAUCAACGCUUUAGAGGGAUCGAUGCUGAAUUCAAAAGCAUCAUGAAGAAAGCUGACACAACCAAAGUUGUCCUCGAGGUAUAUAAAUGUUCUGUUGCAGCUAUAUAA